AUGCCCGCGCGGCGCGCGUCGGCGGCCGCCCAGAACAUCGCGAGCGCGGCGUCGCGGGUUCACAAAAGCAACGGCUCGAACCAUAGCAUGUCUGGACCGUCAUCGCUCGCGCCCUCCUCCAGCAACGCGCCCUAUUCAAGCUCAUCGAUACCUAUCACACCACAGCAGAAGGUAGUAUACGUCCUGGUGAACAGGCUGAAGAGCAAGCUACCGUGCAACUCGGGUAUCACACUCACGGACGUGGAGGGGGAUGAGGCGCUACAACAAGUUAUUGAGUCUCUGGUCGAGCUGUCGCGCGAUUCGUUAGACAUCAUCGGGUGGGCCCUCACGGAAUUAUUGGAAAAGCUCAACAAGCAGGCCGAUUCCAAUGGAUACAGGAGCGUCGAGGUUCUCCAGUCCCAACUCUUCAUCCUCAAGGUACUCGCUAUAUGCAUGGCUUCGCGCUGGGGGCGUCGCCCAGAGGGCACCAGACCAGGCUCUCGCAACAGCAAGGAACCUGCCAGUGUGAACUCGAAGCCGAGUACGCCGGAGACUCGCACCCUUUCUUCUCAAAGUCGACGGCGUCAAUGGUCGACAGAGCACCUGUCCCUCCUAGCUGAGCCGCCUCCGCUCGACGACAACUGUGCCAAGUACAUCCUCAGCGUGAUGGUGCUGCUUCUGCGGCAGACGGCCCCUUUGAGAAAUCGACUGAUGUCGGCAGCGAAUAUGGAUUUUGCUGCAUCACACCACGACUUCGAGUCCGUAGAAUCGCCGGACUUCAUCAGUAGCGUAGAUGUCGGCGGGUCCGGCCUACCUCCCCAUAUCAUCUCGCUUCCGCGCAUGUUCAGGUCGAGACACGCGUCAUCGACUUCGUUGAACUCUGGCACACCUAGCGUGACAUCUACGAGCCAGGCCUCCAAGUACUCACUCGUGUACGAGAAGACAUCUGUCGUAACGUCCAAGUCGAUCUCCUCUCUCAACACACUCAUAUCCAAGUUUGCGGGGCGCGUCGUAUACCACCUUUCCGCCUCAAAUUGGCACAUCGUCUUAUCCCGCAUACGCAACAAGAUCCACUAUCUGGCCAGCACGACGGAGACGGAUCCCGACAUCAUCGACCUGCAGCUCAUGAUGCAUAGUGCACUCGAUCGAGCAAGACUUAUACAGGCUUUGCAGGAGCUAUCCUCGCUGCUCCUUAACAUGAAGCAGGAGGCGCAAGCAGCAAUUGCGAUCCCUUUACGUGUUGCUAUCUGGAACUGGAUUGACCUCUGCCCUGAGGAGUUCAACGAUACCAUUCGUCACCACCGUCGCAUGGAAGGUGCACCUGAGCGAGUCUUCGAUAUCUUGUUCGACUCCCAGGAGGCGCAACAUAAACCUAACGUGUGGCCGACCCUCACUGCCCUAGCAUGUAUCAGCUCCGAACGAACGAGGGCCGACUUCCAGUCGAACUCUUUGGGCAUGCCAAUUCCCAAGGGCAACCAGAGUCGUCGGGACCGGAACUUCUACGAGAUCAUGAUGCGCAACAUGACAUCGCAAACGGCCAAACUGUCCGAGGAGGCCUUGGUCUGCUGCUUAGACACCUGCCGGGCUGCAUUUCGUAUACGGCCUGAAGACAAUGCUGAACACGCACUGCACAUGACUGCUCAUGACCUUGCGCACGAACUGAAGCGCAUCCUGGCCAGCUGGAAUGGGAGUAAGCCUUUCUGGGAGUUUCCGGACGAGAUUGACGUUGCCAUUGUUGCCGACAUCCUUGUCACUAUCUUCCGAUACUUGUCUGAAGAGGAAGUCACGCCGAUAUUCCAGUUGUGCCUCGAGCCUGAGCGAUCGGACGCGGUCAAGAUAUCCGCAAUCAAGGCCUGUAUCACUCUCAUCGACGAAGCGUCAAAAUGCCCCUGGCAACCACCCCUCGACAGCUUGCGAGAUGCGGUGUCGGAAAGAUUCGCUCUUAUUCUCGCCGCUUCCUUGACUCGUCGUAGCGAGGUUGAUCCCUUGGGCAAUAUCAAGAAGCCUGCACUGCGCCCCAAGGCGAAACGUUACACGUCAGAAACAUUGCCUGACCGGGAACUGCUUGCAUAUUCGUUGCUGGCUCUCUUUCGCGCCGACCCAAUGCUAUAUAUCAAUGGCCUAGACGUUAGCCAGGAGUCGAAAUGGACUAAAGUGUGCGUCGAAUGUUGGCACGCCCCUGGCGACCCUGCUAUCAAGAUGAGCCUGGCGAAGACGUUCCGUAGCUGGGUGGAUAUGCUGGUGCGGCUUCCCCCCGAGCAUCCGCGCCAUCAAGUUGGCUGCAUUUGGUUGGCUACCGUCUCCCCUGCCAUACUCGCUACUGUCUGUACGAACCUAUUGCUCGCACGUACUGACCUGCAGGCGCAGCGUAUGUGGAUCAACAUGGCAUACGAGAUUAUCUACCGCUUUACGAAGUCAUCGGAGACGGAGAAGAUUCGGCGAAUUCAGAUCAAUACAGACCGCAUUCCAGCAUUCGCUGUCGCUGAAAUUGCUUUCCUUGUUGCAUUGACAUCUGCAGACACCAACGUCACUCUGACGGCUGCACACUGUCUCCGACUACUGGCUCAGGCGGAGACCGCGCCUGAUGCCCCCGCGUCCAAUGCGCUCAAUGAGGACGAGCGAGCCAAGCGGUACCCUAUUUACGAACAGCUGGCGAUCCGAAAGUCCUCGUGCGUAACAUCUAACGUAUACGUAGGUCGUAUUGGCCAUCAGAAACGCGUUCGGAGGCUCAUGCGGUUGAUGCCGUCAACAUCCCCUGUACACGUCGCCGUCUGGGAAGAAUGCUACUGGCGCUGGUGUGCGCUGAACGAGAUGGUUAUCAAAGGGUCGAUUGACAGCACUGUGGACGUCGACCCCGGGAUCGCUCCAGUGGGUGAGAAGGCCUUGACGAACGAGGAAAUACACGCUCAGUGGCAGAAUCUGACGCUCUUCCUGGCCUCGUUUGGUUCGGCAUGUCUGCGCGAUGAUGAGUCGUCAGAUGUAACGUUGGAUGUUGCGCCAUUCUUCCUGCCAGACGAGAUGCGGAUUCUUCGGAAUCCUGCCGAAUUGUUGAGCUCGUUCUUGGGCGGGCUCAUCGAUUUCCUGGUCUCUGACUCCAUUCAAACACGAGAUGCUGCAAGAGACGCUCUUGGCAGUGAAGCCAGUCCUCGUCUCUUCACCAAGAUCUUCAAGGAACUAGACAGUGUUGUUCGUGAGUUAGCGGCCAGCGAGACAGUUGAUUGGGAUUCAUUGGCCCUCUUCCUCGAACAGUUCCUUGUCAUCCUCAAGGUGCUGGUGGAGAACGAUCAGUAUCUCGAGGAGAUUCGUAGCAUGGAUCUUGGCUCGACUUUGGCCGUUAUCGCAUCCUUUAUGGGACGUUUCCAUGACUUGAACUCUUACCGCUUGCGGCUGAAGUUCUGCAGUCUAUGCGAAGGCGUGUUCAGCCAGGGGGAGUCGAUUGCCAUGCGGAAGGACAGUAGUAACAGGCAGAAGAUAGCUGACAUAGUCACUGAGUGGAUUCAAGAUCCUGCUUUGUCUGAUCAUAGUUUCGCGGCGCAACAAAGAGAGCUCAAUCUGCUCGCUUUUCGUGCAGCCGUGAAGCUAUUCGAUCGACUCGAACUCCAGGCCGCCGAUGGCACAACAGGCGAGGAGGCAGCGCACGUUGUCUCGCGGAUGUUUGUUCGUUACACCGGCGUUCUCUUCAAAGCUUGGGAAUGUUCUCGUUAUGACAUGGCUCCGACAGACGAUCGUUCCACUGACAAAUCAGCGGUCCCGGGAUUGCGCUCGUUGCAGCGGGACGGUGAGCUUCGCGAACUCGUCAUCACAGGCUAUGCUGCGCUGGUCAGUGCGAACCCUGAUGUUGGGGUGAAGCACUCGCUGCCGCUUGCCUAUGAGGUUGACAGUGCUAGGCGGGUCAUCUUCUCUUAUGUCUUCACACGGGUGCUCCCGCAAGGUAUAUCCCUGGACAGUCAGGAGCAACCCACUGUAGUUCCACGCCAAAGCAGGCUUUGCGAGCUGGUCAAAGGCCCAGAUCUGUCGCUUGCUCUAGCAAUUUGCGAAGUGUGUCCGGCCUCGGAAGUGGACAGUCUCAUCUCGGUUAUGCUCAACCUCUUCGACACGCGUUCAGCCCUGAUGACGCUUUUGAAGAACAUGAUUGACCUUGAAGUCAGUCGAACAGACAGUGAUACGGCCUUGUUCCGAGGCAAUACCACCUGUACCCGCUUCCUGUCCGCCUUCGCCAACAUCUACGGUUACAACUACCUCCGGAGCCUCAUCAUACCCCUCAUCAAGACCAUGACCUCAAUGCCACCGGGGCAUGGCUACGAGCUCGAUCCAGCCAAGGUUGGCGAAGAAAUAGCCACCGCAAAUCGUGAAACCAUCCAGUUCAUCACCUCGUCCUUCCUCCAAAUCAUCUUGUCCUCGAUUCCCGCUGUUCCACCUAUGCUUCGAGAGGUCUGUGCGCAUAUCGCAAGGUUGUGUAACAACGAGGUGUGGCCUGAAGCGAAGUUUGCGGCCGUUGGAGCGUUCAUGUUCCUGAGAUUCAUCUCGCCUGCUAUAGUCGCGCCGGAAAUCAUCGACGUUGAUGUCCCUAAGGAGGACUGGGCUCUACGCCGUGGCCUCAUGUUGGUCGCUAAGAUCAUUCAAAACUUAGCGAACAAUAUUUUCUUUGGCAAGGAACCACACAUGAUCGCGCUCAACGACUUCCUGAAGGAAAACAUCGUGAAUGUGACCAGAUUCCUCAGCGACCUCAAUAAGACGGGACCGGCUUUCCAGGAGGAAGAACCAGAAGAAUGGCUGGAUACGACGUAUGACGACACGGACACGAUUGUUCUCCAUCGUUUCUUGGAAAAACACGCUGACAGGGUUGGCAAGGAGCUGCUGAGCACCUCUAAGCCUCCGCCAACUACCGAGAAGUUGUCAGCAACGGCGACAGCCGAGAUGGCAGCGGCACAUGCGAAGCGCAUCUGGGAUUCUCUUUGUGCUGCCUUAGUCGAGCUGGGCCAACCCUUGGAAGGUCCAAGGUUGACUGUCGCCGAUAGCCAACAGCAUUCGGAGUAUCUGGACCUGAUGACGAGGUAUGAGUAUAGGGAUACAAGCUCGGUGCAAGGCCUCUUUGUCGAGACUCCGACACCUACGUCUUCAAAGGCUAUAUUCGUUCUAGCGGUGUCGCGGAUAGACGUCGAAAUCUUGGAUAUUGAGCUGUUGUUGUUCUAUAUCUUCAAGACUGUCGCAUCUUCGUCACACGGAGACCGAGACUUCGAUAUCAUCUUCGACUUCACUUGUUUCACUCUGGCCUCACAACUUCCUCUGCAAUGGCUGAAGUUCGCAUACGAGGUCAUACCUUCUGACAUACGUCGCCGGUUCGAUACAGCGCACAUCCUGACCCCUAACCAACUCGCGACGAAGUAUCUGAAGCGACUCUACAAUCUUUCCUCUGGCAUCGAGUUCUCUAGCGAGUGCGCUACAUAUUCCUCCGUAGAAGAGCUCAUCGAUCAUCUGCCGGACGGAACAUCUCUAGCUGCACUUGACUAUGCCCUUGCAUUGGAGUCUGAGCCUCGUACACGAUUUGACGAAGUUACCAUGCGACAUACCCACCCUAUGCGGGUACCGGUAAGCCUCGAAGUUGCGCAAGGCCAUCUACGCAUCACGACGUUGAAAGCCUUGCCCAUCGGAGGUACAAUGUCUUGCAGAGCCACCGAUAUCAUCGCACUCUCGGAUGUGAACGACAUCUACAACGUUUCGACUGGCCACGAGACGCACGAGUUCAUUAUUCGCAAGAUUCGUCACGGCGCUACUUUGUACUUUUCUUCGCAUGCGCGAGAUAACAUUGUAAAGGCAAUUCGAACAGCUAAGAGCACAAUGCGGAGCGUGCAACUUCCAGGUACAGAACGGCGAUCGCGGUUUUCGAACGUUGUCGCUACACUCCUGCAUGUUGGAAUGCUCGGCGUCAACUCCCGCGAAGAGGAUGUGCGGAUCGCGGCCAAUGAACUCCUGCAAGCAGUCUGCAUCUAUCUCGAUUUCGAGGGGAAGCCGCUCGUCGCCUCCAAAAGUUCCUUGGUCAAUGGACUGCCAGAGCCCUUUUUGGUCCAACUGAGCGAAGGCUUAGCUACCUUUGCGCCCCAUCUCACGCUUGACUUCGUGACCGAGAUAUCGACCAGCAUGGGCAGGGAAUCAAUACCCGACCGGAUCUUGUGCAUCCAGUACAUGGCACCUUGGCUGAGGAAUCUAGCGUACUUCAUGGACCCCACAAGCAAGCACUAUGAUCCCUCGACUACGAAGUUCCGGGAUUGCGUCCGCGUUCUAGUUGACCUGACCAUGGCAGACAAUGAGCUUCACAACAUGGUGCUCAAGUACAUCUGGGCGGAGAUUGGUAGACUGGACAGCCCUGUCGUCAAUGCUGUUCUGGACGAGUUAAUGCGAGCCGCGGUUGAUGGCGGGGUCGCAUCCGUCAGAUGCGAAAGGGUUGCGGACACUAUGAGUGCGAUCACGUCCAUCAACGUCCGAGGUCGCAUACUGUCCCGAUUACGCAAGGUCGUCGGCAAGACCUCUACGAAGCCAACAAAAAGCCUUGCAGACAACGUGCACUGGAAUGAAAUCUCGUGCUUGGUCAGGUUAGCCCUAGUGGCAGGUCAUCAUUGCAAGAAUGUCGUGCAGAGCCAGCUCUUCGUACCCGAGACUGUACAUCUCGUCACCCUCACGGCAGCAACAGGGCAGACUUACGUCCGCACGGCGGUAUACGGGAUCGUCGUCAACCUGCUGAACGCACUGUACACAGCUCGUCUGGCGGACACGGCGGCAAGUCCAGAUAUUCAGCAACUAAUCAACGAAUGCGAGCAGCCGGAGACGCUUCGACUGUUUGGGCUUCUGCGACCAACGCCCACAAGUGACUACGUCAACCUCGACCCUCCCAGCGACAAGCUAUACGUCGAUACGAUGGAGAGCCUUGUCCGAUUCCUCUCACGGGUGUUAGAGACAAUCGCGGGGAGCAAGGGCCUGUUGAACGUCUGGCGUGCGCGAUGGAUGAGCUUGAUCACGUCGUCAGCAUUUCAACUCUCCCCUGCCGUGCAAACUCGUGCUUUCGUUGCGUUGGGUGUCCUCGCGACAUCUGAUGUCGACGAUGAUUUACUGUACCAGAUGCUGGUCGCCUUCAAGACGGCGUUGUCGCAGUCGAGCGAAAACGAGACAACAUCGGUCGUGAGCAUGUUGCGUUGCAUCCGUAACGUCGUCCCCGCUUUGCCUCGCUAUUCCCGCUAUCUUUGUCAACUCUUCUGGCUCGCUGUCGCUCUUCUUCAGUCCAGCCACAUGGUGCUUUAUGUGGAGGCCAUUCACCUGCUUCGCGAGACCGUCGAGGUUAUGGACAGCCAGGGUGCGUUCGAGGAAAAGGGUGUCUCAGCCACGCUCUUGGAUGGCCGGGCGGCGCUUGAAGACGUAGCAUGCCAACUCGACCAGCUCCUCGGUCUUUCUUUCGAAUCAAACUUUUCAUUCUCCUUGGCCGCCGUCAUCUUCAAGGGCAUCCGGCACGCAAACCUCAGGGACCCGGCCGAGGCUGCAUUACGAACGCUCAUGAAGACCACUGUCCGCUCAUGCGGGGAAGUCGAACACGCCGACGACGGGCCUGGCUCGCCUAUGUGCCAGCAGAUUCUAGGCUACUUCCUUGCAUUGAUCCCAACCUCGACAACGACAACUACCUUCAAGCGACUUUUGGAAGAGUCAGGAGUCGAUUCAUCCUGGUUGUCGGAUAGCUUGAUGACCGCAAGUAGUGACGAUGAUCCGGUCUUCAAAGUCCCAUUCGCUCUCCUGGGGCUGUCGGACGUCAAUACGGUCCUCUUCGUAACGUCAUUCGUCGGUGCAAUCAUGCAGACAGCGCAAGGCGACGACACGGAAUCACAAAUGUUCUGCAAUCUGUUGUCGGACAUCGCUGAUGCUUUCCCCGACGUGGUCUCAAUGGCGUACGAGAGUCUGCAAGAUAGGAUCAAGGAAGCUUUCGCGAAUUCCGCGAGUCCAGCGAUCUUGUGCGCUGUGUCGAACCUGUUCAGAGUAGCUGUGCACGAUGCCGGAAGCAAUGGGACUGCGCCGGGCUCUGCGUCGUCCUUGAGCAUCGAGGACGGCCUUCCUCACGGACCAGGUCGCAGCCAUCUCUUCGCACUAGAGGAGCAAGGGAUGCAGGGUUUGGCGAACAGCUUCCAAUUCCUGCCCCCGAACCAAGGUCAUGCGACGAAGAUGAUGAAUUGGAUCUCGGAGUUGGUUAUGAAGAUUAUCGAGUGA